AAUCCCCCCUGGGUCAAAUAUAGCCGUGCAGACGUGUCAUUGAGUGGCUGGUCCACGUCUGCCUUUUUCGCGUACAUAAAUACGUGUGCUCCCCCUCAUAUGUGCUUUAAAUUUGCAUCGUGAGGAUCUCUAGGUCGCCAUCACCUGCCAGCCAUCAAUCAACGCUGAAAUAUCGGUCAAUUUUGCCUGACGCCACACUUUUCUUAUGAUUGGUGGAAAACAACCGAAGGCUCGGCUCAUCUGAAAUCCGAUUGGUUAAAAGGUAUCUAUGUGCUAAUUGGUGGAAGGACAACCUGAGUGCUCGCUAACGGAAUAAAAGGUGAAACAAGUGUCCUCUGCGCUGUGCAAGAGGUGCCUAAAGGUGGCAAUGUCGGACCACAGUAGCAGCACUGGAAGCAGCGGCUCGUCUACCAACAGCUGGACGCUCCUCACCCCUGAGGAAGCAGCCGCGGAAAAUCCAGGACAGCUGGAUGAUGGCACAGAGAGCCUGGGCGACGCCCCCAGCCUGUCGGAAGAACUGGUAGCAGCUGCUGUUGCAGAGAUCAAGCCCAGUGACAUUCCACUGCAGUGUGUCUUAUCAGAAGAAGGCCACCAGAUAUGUCAAGAAACCACCCCAGAGUCCGGUGACGGUCCAACCCUUUGCUGCCCUCUCCAGCCUGAUGAGCCCGAAGCCACGGAGCCGGAGAGUCAGCCUCCGGUCAUUCACGAUAUCGUGCUUAGCUCGCCCAGCGACAACGAGGACCCGAGCGCGGCCUUCGUAUCUAGCAUCGAUUUUGGAGCGCCGCAGGAUGUGACGGAACCCGAUGAGAGCACGGAAGAAGCCGUCACAGAACCCGUCACGGAUAAAACGGAGCCAGUCGUCGACGCGCCCCUCCCCGUUGAGAUAGUCACAGCCUCGGAACUUUCUUUGCGUGAAGAAGCUGAUGUUACGGAAGCACCAGCAGGCCCUGUUCCAGCUGAUCUCGUACCAGAGACCAUUGGCCUGACAGAGAAAGAGAUGUCUCCUGUGGUGGAGGAGGAAAAGAAAGAGGAGGAUGAAGAAGAGGAGGAGGAGAAAGAGGAGCUCUCUGUGUUAGAGAAGCAACAGGAGCAGGAAGAAGAAACCCCAGCUAGCUGCCACGAUGAGGGACUUCGCAGAAGAACCGCCCCGUCCGGCUCAAAAACAUCGGAUGAGGAAGACGAGGAUGAAGAGGAGGCUGAAAUGGAAUUCAAACUGCCAGAAAAAAAGGAGUACAAAAUGGCGUGGUCGGCAAAGAAGUGCAUCAUCGGUGUCGCCGUGUUGCUCAUCCUGGGCGCCCUGUUCCUAACCGGUGACUUGGAUCCCACUGAAGUACCUGUUGAAGAAAGCCAGCCUGACACUCUACCAAGCAAAACCGACACCGUCCUCAGUGCCAGACUAUCCACAGCUGAUAGGAAGCUUCAACCCAUGGAAGUCCAUGAAAGGAAAGUUUUGGAGCACCUGGAGAAGAACCGGCAGGAGAUCACAGCGGGAGUGAAGCGCUCAAAAAUAGAGCAGAGCGAACACAAGAAGAGAAAGGAGGACAGGAAGCACCGAGACGAGUGGGAGACCAAGAAGCUGGAACGUCUCCAGGACCGCAAGGAGAGGAGGAAAUCCAAGCCGUGGAAAAGCCACCAGAAGCAGCGCGCCAAUGACAUGGCCGACUUUUGGCGGGUGCAGGAGCAGAAGCUGCGGCGCCCCAUGCGCCCCCGCCACCCUUGCACCACAGUGGAAGUCUGCGCCGCACAAGAGGGCCUCUUCCCCGUGGAGCGGUCAGAGUUUGAGGAGCUCCUGGAGGGCUAUCUCAGCAAGCUGGAGGGCUCUCCAAGGGAGAGCAAGGACUACCUCCGCUGGCUGGUCGCCGAUUUGUUCAGCGGCAACGUGUUCCCGCACAACCGCCGGGCGUUCGGCGAUUUCGUGGAAGACGUGGCGGAUAUCCUGGAAGACAUGGCGGACGCCGCGGAGGGCGGCGACGAGGCCCUGGAGGAGGCCAUGGAGGAGUUUGAGAGGGAAGCCCUUUGGAAGUUUGCUCUUACAGAGAAACAGUGAGCGGGUCAACGUCUUGUUGCCCUCAGAACUUGACAAUAUCCCCGGUCCCUUGACUCAGUACAGUAACCCCUCGCGAAUAGGGACCAAGCCCUGGCGCAGAUAGCGAAAAAAACGCUAAUUGAUUAAAAAAUUACUAAUUUAGAACCAUCACUUAAACGUUUUAACCUUUGAAAUUUCAGUUUGCAUUCUUUGAAGCAUGCUUCUAUUGUUUCCAAAGAGGUCAAUAUUGUCAUUUAUUUGAGCCAAUGGAAUGCAGUACUGUUUAAGCUAUUUUCCCAUACAGUAAAGAUGCUAACCUCUACCACUAACAGGCUAAACUGAGCCUUGACUAAUUUUAACAUCGCAUACACUGGGGGUUACUGUAAUCCCGAGUCUUGUUUCUCUCGUUCUCCAACCUGGAAUUUUCCCAAAGAAUCCCUCAAAAUGGACAGGUUUCAGUUGCAGUAUUUUUGCUUUAUAUGGAGAUAGCCCCUUUGACUCAUUAGCUAGCUCAGAAUUUAACCAGUCACUUGGUCACUUAACAAUGUUAUGUAGCACCUACUGAGGCGCAAAGAGUUAACAUUCACACAGUGUUAGUGUUCCCAAAAGACUGGACAAUAUGGCCUCUAAACAAAAUUGUGUCGCUAACGAAAUAGCAGCACCUGCCAAAGCACAACCGGUCAAAUUGCCAUGUCUUUUAUGACACAAGUUCCAUGCUUAGUGCUCAAAUUAACGCAAGAAGCAGUGAAUUGAGUCAUUAAUGACUGAAUCUUUGUUGUAUUUUGCUUGAUAGUCCGCAGUGUUCAUGCAAGGAUGUUUACUAUUGUCAUAUUUAUUUUGCGUUGUACCGCAUAUUUGGAAGGUAAACUUGCUGAUGUGCCUUUAUAUUGUUAAGAAAAAAUGAAAGCAAGCUUUCAUUUGGUCAUGCUGGAUUCAAAGGAAUGUCAUGUUGGGAAAUGAAUGUGAAUCUUGCAUUGUGCUAAAACACUAUUUUCAGGAAGGAUAUUUUUGACAGUUAAUUUGUUUUGGAACGUCUUUGCUGUGUUUUCUGGUAGUUUAGUGCACGUCUUCAGAUUUGCCUCAUGGCCUCCCCUUAUUCUGUCCAGUGUUCAAUAAAUAAAUGACUUGAGGAA